GGACCUCUCCCUUGGGUUCCGCUGGUGUCCCCGUUACCCGCCGCCGCCGCCGGGGCCCAGCCCCAAGUGGAGGGCUCGCGGAUUAGCCGCCUGCCCGCCGGGGAAAUGUGAUAAGAGCUGAACAGAAGGAAAUUUCUGAUGCAACUCUCCACCUCUGCCGAUCGCCUCUCCAACGCCUGCCUGGCGACAGCCCAGGAGCAUGUGCGUUAUGGAAAUGAGGGUAGUCUCCACUUUUUAUUGUGUUCGUCUUUUUUGGGGAUUGGAAGAAAUGCCAACUUUGUGUCGUUUGCUUUGAAGAAACAGUGGGUCAAGUAGGAGAGCCACAGGUGACUUCGCCGGGGCCUGGAUCUUUCUGACGCGUUGGAGAGCAGGCUUUCUUGCAGACACUGUACCCAGCUUCAUGCAAGAGAUGCGAAGAAAAAGCCCAAACAACUAGUGCUUCGUUGGCGGCGGGCACCAUGCUGAGCCCCAGGAGGGGGCCGCGGGGACACGCAGCCCUGUGACCCAGACCGGCCGCUGCAUCUCGCCUGGAUCCUCUCUGUCCAGCCCGGCGGCCGCCAGACACCCAGGGCCCCAGCCACAGCCCUAACAGGUGCCGAGGCCCAGUCGAUGUGAUUGGCGGAAGGCCACCCGGGACCCAUGGCUUUAGCGGGCGGCCCGGAUUCCUUUUUGCACCAUCCGUACUACCAGGACCAGGUGGAGCAGACAUCCCCUCACCAUCCUCGAGAUCUGGCAGGACCUGGCUUCCCAGCGCAGCCCGACCGGCUCGCCCCUCACCAAGAGGAUGACGUGGACCUGGAGGCCCUGGUGAACGACAUGGACGCGUCCUUGGAGAGCCUGUGCUCGGCCUCGGAGACGGCACCCCUGCUGCACAACGGCCAGCAUGCCCGCGGCCCGCCGCCCCCGGGAGCAAGGCCCCUGCGGCCACAGGCGUCGCCGAGGCACCGGGUGCCGCGUUCCCAGCCCCUGCACAUUCUUGCCGCCAGGCGCCUGCAGGAGGAGGACCAGCAGUUUAGGACCUCGUCGCUGCCUGCCAUCCCCAACCCCUUCCCCGAGCUCUGUGGCCCCGGGAGCCCCCCUGUGCUCUCGCCCGGCUCCUUACCUCCAGGCCAGGCCGCUGCCAAGCAGGAUGUUAAAAUCUUUAGUGAAGAUGGGACGUGCAAAGUGGUGGAGAUUCUGGCGGACAUGACAGCCAGGGACCUGUGCCAGUUGCUGGUUUAUAGAAGUCAUUGUGUGGAUGACAACAGCUGGACGCUGGUGGAGCACCACCCGCAUCUGGGAUUAGAAAGGGGCCUGGAAGACCACGAGCGGGUGAUCCAGGUGCAGCACACGCUGGCGAACGAAAGCAAAUUUUUAUUCCGGAAGAAUUACGCGAAAUAUGAGUUUUUCAAAAAUCCCACGAAUUUCUUCCCCGAACAGAUGGUUACCUGGUGCCAGCAGUCCAACGGCAGUCAGACCCAGCUUUUGCAGAAUUUUCUGAACUCCAGUAGUUGUCCUGAGAUUCAAGGGUUUUUGCACGUGAAGGAGCUGGGAAGGAAAUCGUGGAAGAAGCUGUACGUGUGUUUGCGGAGAUCAGGCCUCUACUGCUCCACGAAGGGCGCUUCCAAGGAGCCCAGACACUUGCAGCUGCUGGCCGACCUGGAGGACAGCAGCAUCUUCUCCCUGAUCGCCGGCAGGAAGCAGUACGGCGCCCCCACGGACUACGGCUUCUGCAUCAAGCCCAACAGGGUCAGGACCGAGGCCAAAGAGCUGCGCUUGCUCUGCGCCGAGGACGAGCAGAGCCGAACGUGCUGGAUGACGGCCUUCAGGCUCCUCAAGUACGGAAUGCUCCUCUACCAGAACUACAGGGUCCCGCAGCAGAGGAAGGCCGUGCUGUCCCCCUUCUCAGCUCCCGUGCGCAGCGUCUCUGAGAACUCCCUCGUGGCAAUGGAUUUUUCUGGGCAAACGGGAAGAGUCAUCGAGAACCCGGCCGAGGCCCAGAGUGCAGCGCUGGAAGAAGGCCACGCCUGGAGGAAGCGAAGCACACGGAUGAAUAUCCUAGGUAGCCAAAGCCCCCUCCACCCUUCUACCCUAAGUACAGUGAUUCACAGGACGCAGCACUGGUUCCACGGCAGGAUCUCCCGGGAGGAGUCGCACCGCAUCAUCAAGCAGCAAGGACUGGUGGAUGGGCUUUUUCUCCUCCGUGACAGCCAGAGUAAUCCAAAGGCAUUUGUCCUCACACUGUGUCAUCAUCAGAAAAUCAAAAACUUCCAGAUCUUACCUUGCGAGGAUGACGGGCAGACCUUCUUCAGCCUCGACGAUGGGAACACCAAAUUCUCCGACUUGAUCCAGCUCGUUGACUUCUACCAGCUGAACAAAGGAGUCCUGCCUUGCAAACUCAAGCACCACUGCAUCCGAGUGGCCUUAUGACCUCAGACCCGCCCUUGGCUGCAGACUGGAGGGGCCGACACUGGAACCAGGAGGUCCGUGCAUCGUUCAGAACGCGCGCUGUCUCUACCUGGGGACUCAGAGCAAGAGCUGUUCGUUCUGCGCCGACCGACCGAGGUUGGCUGGUUUGUUGGACUCGAGGCUGAUCUGCUGCUGCAGAUCCAGCAGGGCCGCCGCGCUCGCGCCGCCUCUUCCACGAGGGUGCGGGGGAGCAAAUUCGAGAAUAAGCUGGGGUGACGGUCUUGGCCGGGCCGCGGCAGCGCCAGAGGCGGAGAGGAGUGGUUGGAAGUGAACUCUUGCCCUGGAAUAACCUUGACAAUUAAAACCGCUAUGUUUAC